AUGGAAAACGACAAUAUGAUUGUUUAUGCUAUGAAAAAGGAAGUUAUUGAUCAUCCAGAUGACUACGAGCAGAAGGAGCACAAUGCUUUGGAAAGGAGUAGUCAGGACUUGGCUUCGCAAGCAACACGAUUUCAGGUUACCAAAGUGGAAUGUUCUUCUGGCAGCAAUUUUGCCGGCAUACAAAUUAAGGUCGAAAGUCAUGAAUCAAGCUACAGUCUACUUCAUGAAAAAACAGAGCACGAAUCCAGAGACACUGAUGAUGACACCCUAGCCGCUCAAGAAACGUGUUCUACGAGCACCAAAAUGGAGUAUCCUUAUGGCGAUGAUAUAGUUUUAGAGGCGACAAAAAUAACGCCUGCAUACGGUACCGAUGCUGUUGAACAAAUUAAGGUUGAACCAGAUGAUGCGAGCAUACAACAAGAUACACCGGGACCUGUCUUAGAACCGUACGAAUCGACACCAUCUCAAGGACAGGAGAUAAAAAUUGAAAAUGUUUCAUUACAACAAGAAGAGCAUCAUCCAGUACCGGUAGAUAAAGCAAGUGAUCCGAAAGUAGAUGAUCAAGGCGAAACACCAAACGAUAGUUCUGCAGAUCAAUAUAAACGCGUCGAAACUAAUGGAGUACUGUACGAAAUUCGUGUAGUAAAUGAAGGUUUCGAAAAGGAGGAUAAAAAUGUUACCAUUGACCAGCAGCAACCAUCAAGCAGUAAACCUGUAACAGACGUGAUGAGUUCGAUUAAAUUAUUGGGCGAAAAUAAGCAAUACAAAUGCGACCGCUGUGAAAAGUCUUUUUGUGAUAAGAUGGAACUGAAAAUUCAUAAACGCAACCAUCAGUUUACCGUAUGCCCAGUGUGCAAGCGAACCAUGCGUACCGAUUUUGUCAAACGCCACAUCGCCAGAGUACAUCCGGACGAUGGUAUUUUGCCACGAAAUCAAUCCCUUCCGUGCGAUGAAUGUGAUCGUGUGUUUUCCAACGACGUACAGCUGAAGAAUCAUCAACUAUCGCACAAGAAACAGGCAUGUCCGGUUUGUGGUAAAAUAGUACGUUCGGACUAUUUGAAAAGGCACAUGGAUUUAAACCACCCGAAGGAGGUGAACGCAGUCGACGGCACUACGUACCAGUGUGAUCAAUGCGAUACGGUCCUAAGCAACAAGAACUUAUUGUUCUUCCACAAACGCACCCACCAAACGGAGGAAUGUCCGGUGUGUAAGGAAACGCUACGGGCUGGAUAUAUGAAGAUUCACAUCGACAUGAAACAUCCGGACCACAGCACGCUGCCCGAAAAUCCUGCCUUCAAAUGCGAACAGUGUGAGAAAACGUUCGGUUACAAGGCAGCACUAACGCUGCACAAGCGCAAGCACAGGCUGACGGAGUGUCCGGUGUGUAAGAAAACGGUUCGGUCCGAUUGUUUGAAGCGCCACAUGGACUUUAAUCAUCCCAGCGAAGUGAGUUUGCCGGAACAGUUUCCGUCUGCCGAUGGACGCAGUCCAUCACAGUUGGUAAACGAUAGACGCGCACCGCAAACGGAAGAUUGUCCCGAGUGCAAGGAAACGUUUCGUAGCGAUUACUUGAAGAUUCAUAUAGCAAUGAAACAUCCGAACGAUAGUGCACUGCCCGAGGAUCGACCAUUCCGGUGCGAUCAGUGCGGGAAGUCGUUUUGCUACAAAACACAGCUAAGACUGCACAAGCGCAACCAUCGAUUGGCGGAAUGUACUGUUUGCCGGAAGUCUAUGCGAAUGGACUGUUUGAAGCUGCACAUGUCCCGAAUGCAUCCAAAUGUUGCAAGCAGCGUUGGUACGCAACAUUGA